CGUGCGCCCACUUACUCAGCCCAUUCCAACCGAGCAUAAAAGCCUCCUCCUCCACCAUCCUUUUUCUCAGGCAAACACACAGUUGCUUUCCAAAGCACUUCAACUGCAUUUUGCAGUUCACUUCUUCUCUUCUCUUCUCUUCUUCAAGGGAUACAUAUACGGGUCAAUUGGCCCGUAGACCAGCAUUUCAUCAUGCCAGCAGCAGGAGCAUCAAGCGCCGCAGCAUGCAGACAGACCGUCAUCGUAUUCCGAUGCAGCCAACGACUUACUCUAUUCAAACCUCCAUGGUCAGCAACUGGACUUCUCUAAUUAUUACUAUCAAGACUUCAAUUCAAUUGGCCUCGAUUCAGAGGCUCUUCUCGGGUUCCCUUCAACUUCCUCGCCCCUGUUGGACCCCGCACUCUCUUUCACUUCUUCACCAUAUAUGUCGACUCUGCCAUCCUUACCAAUCGAUCAAUCGACCGACUGGAUGGGCAAUCCCGCACCCAGCAUCAACACUUGGUCCUCCUGGGGCCCCGGCUCCAAUGAGCCCGUCUUCGGGGACAUGAUGUCCCAAGGCUCAAUGAGAAACGCCUCCUUCAUGGACCACCAACCCGCUCCUUCAUCGCAACCUUUCUUCACUCAACCAAUCUCAAACUCUAGCCCUGAACUCAGUCAAAUAGAGCCACGCUCAAAUCCUCGAUCUGACGUAUCAUCUGUCUCAAAUGGCUCUCCCGAGACUCGUUCACUCGAUGAUGACUUACUUGCCCUCGACACCAUCAACCCCAAAAAUUCACCGUCUUCCAAGUCCCCCGCCAACCGAGUCUCUCCACCCUCAGACCACUCAUCUAAAGUCAAGAAACGCACGCUCAACACCCUAGCUGCUCGACGCUAUCGACAGAAACGCGUCGACCAGAUGCAAGGGUUAGAGACUGUGUUGAAAGACACGGAAUCUGAACGAGACGAGCUGAAAAUCAAGGUCGCCAGAUUGGAAGCCGAGGUGGAGGUUCUGAGACGGCUGAUCGAAUCUGGGAACAGUAAUUCCUCGUCAGAGAAAAGUUAGCAUGGCAUUCUGAUGAUUUUCUUUCGGGUAUUAUGAUAGAAGGGGUGAGAGCAAUGUUCGGACGAUGUCGGUUGCUGGUCAUCAAGGAUUUCAGAUCGGCAAAAUAAGGAUUUUCUUCAUUGAGCUCUGUAGGAUGGAUGGGACUUGGGAGGACUGGGAUAUUUCUUACUUUCACUUCUUUUCUUUCCAUUUUCAUCUGGGGGAGUUUAUUUAGAUUUUUCUUCCUUGCUUUCUUCCCUGUAUCUACAUUUCAAUUUUCUCUCUUCAAUAUAUAUAUAUAUAUAUACUACAAUCACCACCACCAUCAUUCCCCUCACC